UGCGCAUGCGCAAUCCGUCCCCGGUCUCGCGCUUUUGGAAAUCCUCUGAGAAGAUUCCAGACGUUUCGAGUGUGUGUGUGAGGUAUAGAGGAGAAAAUCCAGUUCGAUGAGAAAACAGAUUGUACUACAUUUUACAGUGAAUCUUGUUGGUGGACAUCAUGGUGAAGGAGACGGGUUUUUAUGACGUCCUGGGUGUGAAUCCCAGCGCCAGUGCUGACGAGCUGAAGAAAGCGUAUCGCAAACUAGCCUUGAAAUACCACCCGGAUAAAAACCCAGCCGAGGGGGAGAAGUUUAAACAGAUCUCUCAGGCAUACGAGGUUCUGUCUGACACGCAGAAGAGAGAAGUGUACGAUCGAGGAGGAGAGGCGGCCAUUAAGGAGGGUGGGAAUGGAGGAGGAGGAGGUGGAGUUGGAGGCUUCAGCUCCCCAAUGGACAUUUUCGACAUGUUCUUCGGAGGAGGAGGUCGCAUGCGGCGGGAGAGGAGAGGAAAGAACAUCGUGCAUCAGCUGACCGUGCCACUGGAGGAUCUCUACAACGGAGCCACCAGAAAACUGGCCUUGCAGAAAAACGUCAUCUGUGAGCGAUGUGAAGGCCGCGGGGGGCGUAAAGGUGCGGUGGAGGUGUGUCCCACCUGCAGGGGGACAGGUGUCCAGGUGAGGCUGCAUCAGUUACUCCCUGGGAUGGUGCAGCAGCUCUCCAGCAUCUGUGGUAGCUGCAAGGGUCAGGGCCAGCGCAUGAGCCACCGCGACCGCUGCAAAGCCUGCACCGGGCGCAAAAUCCUGCGUCAGAAGAAGAUCCUAGAGGUGCACAUUGAUAAAGGUAUGAAAGAUGGACAGAAGAUUGUUUUCCAUGGGGAAGGAGACCAGGAACCGGGACUUGAACCUGGUGACAUCAUUAUUGUCUUGGAGCAGAAGGCACAUCCUGUCUUCACCAGACAGGACAUGGAUCUGAUCAUGACCAUGGAGCUUCAGCUCAUAGAGUCAUUGUGUGGCUUCCAGAAACCCGUCCAAACGCUGAACAACAGAACUCUGCUCAUCACCUCACACCCAGGUGAGCUGAUCAGACCAGGUGAUAAGAAGUGUGUGCUGAAUGAGGGGAUGCCCCUGCACCGCCGCCCUUUCGAGAAAGGCAGACUCAUCAUCCUCUUUAAAGUCGUCUUCCCUGAGGCGAACUUCCUCCCCAUGAACAAGCUGAAGCAGUUGGAGCAGUUUUUCCCCUCUGCGUCGGAGAAAAGCGAGCCAGAGAGCAUGGACGAUGACCUGUACAUCUACGCCGAGCUCGAGGACUGUGACCCGACCCAGGAGCGCCGCCGUCAGCGUUACAUCGAGGAGGACGAGGACGACUUCCACCCCGGAGGAGGGGUACAGUGCCAAACCUCAUAGAGCUUCCUUUCGCUACUCAGACCGUACACACCUCACUGUCUAGAUCGAACUCUGUGACCGGAAUUUGUCGACAAGAAAGAUAAAGAUCACCGUUAUCAAGUAAAUGAAACCUUUAUUAUUGUUAUUAUUAGGGUUUUUUUUUUUUAUCACUGGGAGAAUCUGGUUUAUCAGGUGUAGAGAGGAUCAGGUGAGUCAGGAUCAGGUGAGUCAGGAUCAGGUGAGUCAGGACCAGGUGAGUCAGGACCAGGUGAGUGAGUCUGGUGUGGAGAAGAUCAGGAUCAGGUGAGUCAGGUACAGAUCUAUUCUGUUCUUUUUUUUAAUUUCCUUUAAAACACAGCAGAGCUCCGAGAUUUCAUUUAAAGCUGCUAAAUAUUAGAGAACCUGCAGAAACUAAAAGCCAUGCUGGGUUUGUUUAUUUGUUUGUACUAUUUUAACAAUACUGUGAUUUAACAAGCCAAAAGCUGAAACCAUAAAUAAGUGCAGAAAUGAAAAGGAAAAAAAAAACAUAAAAACAUUGAGGGUUAUAUAACGAGCUCUAACGGCACGGUGAACUAAAAAAACGGUUUCCGCUCAAAAGGAAGCCCUUUUUUUUGUUUUGUUUUUGGUGUAGCAGCGUUUGCACUGUAAAAUUACUGACUUAUUGUAUUUAUUUGCGGCCUUUUCAUGUGAAUACCAAUUAGUUCCAAUCAGCAUUUUUCUCACACUAAUCCAUUACUUGGUUAUGCAGAUCAGCAGAGAAAUGCAGCAUCAAUGCACUCGCUUAUUUUACAAUAACAAUCAAAUGCAACACGGUCAGGCUUUUUCUUUUUUUUUACUUUACCAAAUGUUGUUUUAUCAGUUACCUGUAACCUGCGAGGCCUUAACGGGUAAGGAGAAAAACACGUCCAACUCCAUCACGAGAAAGGACACGUGGAACUUUAAAAAAAAAAAAAAAAAAGUGUUGUUUGGAAAAUAACUUUUUUGUUGUUGUUUGUUUAUUGUUUCUUGUCAUUUUUACGGUCAAUUUUAUUAGGACCAAUAAUCCACUUUAUUUGUAUUUUAACUUAUAAAUUAAACCUUUCUGCUUUA